AUGCCGCCCCGGGGCAUCACAGCACCAGCACGAGCUUCACAGACAACUUCGACAACCUCAGAGAAGCCCGAUCUGGUGGAGCUCACCUACCAGUGGCGCCGGAUCCCCGGAACGGCUCCGAACAGCACGUGCUGCGGCAUCGUCGACCACCGGUCCAACGGCACCGGCACCGUCAACGGCACGAUCGAGGGGCAUGAUCACUAUCCGUGGAUGGCAGCGCUGGUGGACGCCUCAGGAGAGCACUGGGGCGGAACACCUUUCUGCGGAGGAGCUCUGAUCAACGAUCGGUACAUCCUAACGGCGACUCACUGCGUAAACUGGUGGCCGUCUCCGCAGUGGGGUCAGGUCAUCCUCGGCAAGCGCGAGACCUUCCGCUCCUCCGAGACGGAGCUGCGUCUCAACGUCUUGAGGAUAAUUCUCCAUCCGGAAUUUUAUGCGAAUAUCUUGCACAACGACAUAGCGCUAUUGGAGCUGGAGACGCCGCUGGACCUGCCGGUGGGAGAUAAUUUCAUAGCACCGAUCUGCAUGCCACAACUUCGGAGAAAAUAUUACAAUGACGAGGCCCAGAUGGUCGGAUGGGGCCUUCAUGGGUUCAAAGCAAAUCCAGCGAGCGAGGAGAGCCGUCCACCCGUUCUGCGCAGUGUGCCAAUGAGGACUAUGCGCAUCGGCCGCUGUUCAUAUCGCAUCAUAAAAACGACUGGGAAGAUCUUCGUUGUAACACCGAGCACAGUGUGCGCGGAGGCCAUCGACACAGCCGCCGGCGCCUGCUGGGGCGACUCGGGCUCCCCGCUGACAGUUGCCGACCAGGACGAGCCGCUCCGUAGAAUUCUGCUCGGACUGGCCAUCUGGACCGUUCGACCGUGCCACACUCCCAGCCCGGACGUAUUUGUCAAGAUUCCUAAAUACCUCGACUGGAUCAUAACCAACACAGAGAACGCCAACUACUGCUGACAGCUUUACAGCAUUGCCGGAAGGUGUUGAUUUAUUGAUAAUAUAAAUGUAUUAUUCAUUUUAGUUGAUAAUAUUGCCGUGAUACUUAUAAAGGAUGGCAGUUUUGCUGACGCUAAGUUGUCGAAUGUUCCCCUUAGCUUAAUCAUGAUGAUUUUUUUUUUAUUAUUUGUAAAGAAAGAGCAGCAUACGAGUUUUGUUGACUGGUGUUUAUUAAGUAUAUUGUUGUGCUUCUAACUUCCA